AUGGCCAACAGUAAAGAAAUCUUAGUACUCGGCGGUGCUGGCUACAUAGGCAGUCAUACUAUAGUAGAAUUGGUCAAGGCUGGUUAUCAGCCUGUUGUAGCAGAUAAUGCAUUUAAUUCUUCACCAGAGUGUGUUACUAGAAUACAAAACCUGCUAGAUCGUAAAAUUGAAUUUUAUCAAGUUGAUAUGCGUGACAAGGAAGGUCUACGUAAUGUUUUCUCAAAGCACAACUUUUAUGCUGUUAUUCAUCUAGCUGGUUUAAAAGCUGUUGGUGAAUCCGUUCAGAUUCCAUUAUCUUAUUAUUCGAUUAAUAUAGGUGGUACAAUUUCCUUGCUAGAGGUAAUGAAGGAAUUUAAAGUGUUCAAUAUAGCCUUCUCAUCAUCAGCUGCAGUUUAUGGAGAUCCUCAGUUCCUACCUAUAACUGAAGAUCAUCCGACCGGACGAUGUGCUAACCCUUAUGGUAGAACAAAAUAUUUCAUAGAAGAAAUCUUUAAAGAUCUUUGCAAAGCAGAGCCGGAAUGGAAUGUAUUCUUACUACGAUAUUUUAACCCGGUCGGAGCACACGAAUCAGGCGUUAUUGGAGAAGAUCCACGAGGAAUUCCUAAUAACCUAAUGCCUUACGUAUCGCAAGUGUGCGUUGGAAAACGCGAAUACUUGACUAUAUUUGGUAAUGACUACGAUACGCAUGACGGAACUGGCGUUCGUGAUUACGUUCACGUUGUUGAUCUUGCUGCGGCUCAUGCAUUAGCAAUUGAUAAAAUGGAAGGUGAACAUGGCUGCAAGAUUUACAAUCUCGGUAGUGGCAAGGGCAUUUCUGUCUUAGAUAUUAUAAAAGAAUUUGAAAAAGCUUCCGGAAACAAGGUUCCAUACAAGAUCGUAGAUAGGCGCCCUGGUGAUGUUCCAAAAUCUUAUGCAGAUGUUUCUUUAGCAGAAAAAGAACUUGGGUGGAAGACCAUGAAAAAUCUUCAAGAAAUGUGUGAGGAUACUUGGAAAUGGCAGUCUGGUAAUCCGUCUGGAUUUCUUAAAAAUUGA